GCUAGUAGUGGGCUCUUACUACCAGCAUCCCAUGCUGCUGCUGGUCCCUUACCUGUACCACAGCACGAUCAGCUGCACCAGCAGCAGCAGCAACAUCAGCAACAGCAGCAUGCCAUGAUACAGCAGUCCUAUUAUCAGCACAAUGUGCACCAAACACAACAUCAUCAGCAACCACAGCAGCAGCAACAUCUCCAUCACAAUCCACAUCUUCAGCACCAGCAGCAGCAGCAGCAUCAGCAACAGCAAACGCAGCAACUACACCAGCAGCAGCACCAUCAACAAGUGGUCGAUGCUGCUGCCGCAUUCAGUUUGUACGAUCUGCAUCUAAGGAGGCAGCAGCAACGGUGGUAAUCCAUCUGUUGCUCUCCCGUGGUUGCUGUGAUGUUCUGUGCUGGUGUUGCUGCUGGACUUUCUUUCUUCCCUCGUUCCAUUUUUUUCCUCAAUCAUCUUCCACCCUGUUUUUCCA